AUGAAAACAUCAAACAAUAACAACUCCAGCAGCAGCAACAGCAAUAAGAAUACGUCUCUGAGCCCGACUUUACUCUCACACAGUGACACCAGUAUGACCUCGAGUAGAGAGAGCCAGGACACUAGUCAUUUGGGGGGCGGUAUAUGGAAUCCGUCAUACAUGGGCCAAACAUCUCAAAGGCCCACACAGCAGCAGCAGCAGCAGCAGCAGCAGCAGCAGCAGCAGCAGCAGCAACAACAGCAACAACAACAGCAACAACAGCAACAACAGCAACAACAGCAACAACAGCAACAACAGCAACAACAACAACAACAGCAACAACAGCAACAACAACAGCAACAACAGCAACAACAGCAACAACAGCAACAACAGCAACAACAGCAACAACAGCAACAACAGCAACAACAGCAACAACAGCAACAACAGCAACAACAGCAACAAAACCCUCAAUUCUCAUUUGUGAACCCUUGGGGCGAGGAAAAAAUCACUAAUUCUCAGCAGAAUCUAGUCUAUCCCCCAAAAUACGAUGAUCCAAACACUAAUGAGAGCUUGGAUGCCUACAGACGACGCAAAUCUAGUCUGGUUGUUCCUCCAUCCAGGGCGCCUGCGCCAAACCCAUUUGAAUACGACAGCUAUCCUGCUUUCACGAACUCUAACACGAGUCUGUCAGCCAACGCCAACGGCCAGUUCUCUUCUGCUUACCAGCAAGAGCAACAGCAACAAGCAUAUCAGCAAAGCGCUAUCAAUCCUUCACAGUUUGGCUCUAGAUUUGUACCCUCCCUUUAUGAUCGUCAAGAGUUUCAAAGAAGGCAGAGUUUGGCUACGGCGAAUUACUCGUCUAAUUUUCCCUCUAUAAAUUCGAACGCUAACCAAGGAACAAACUCCAUACCGGCGAUGUCACCUUAUAGGAGACUGAGUGCAUACCCCCCAAGCACAAGCCCUCCCCUGCAGCCGCCUUUCAAGCAGUUACGGAGAGAUGAAGUGCAAGGGCAGAAAUUAUCGAUUCCACAAAUGCAACCAUGCAAUUCUAAAAACGACCUUCAACCAGUUAUAAACGCAACUCCAAAAUUCAGGCGUGCGUCCCUCAAUUCCAAGACAAUAUCCCCUUUAGUGAGUGUCACGAAAAGUUUGAUUACCACGUAUUCCUUAUGCUCUCCAGACUUUACCUACCAAACAUCCAAGAAUCCCAAGAGAGUGCUUACAAAACCUAGCGAAGGCAAAUGUAAUAACGGGUUUGACAAUGUUAAUAGCGAUUAUAUCCUUUAUGUGAACGAUGUUUUGGGUGUAGAGCAAAAUAGGAAGUACCUUGUGCUCGAUAUUUUGGGGCAAGGUACGUUUGGUCAGGUGGUCAAAUGCCAAAAUCUGUUGACCAAGGAAAUCUUGGCUGUGAAAGUGGUCAAGUCGAGAACAGAAUACCUGACGCAAAGUAUCACUGAGGCCAAAAUUUUGGAGCUGUUGAAUAAAAAAAUAGACCCCGCUAACGAACACCAUUUCCUAAGGAUGCAUGACUCCUUUGUUCAUAAAAAUCAUUUGUGUUUGGUCUUCGAACUAUUAAGUAAUAACCUGUAUGAAUUGUUGAAACAAAACAAGUUUCACGGGUUGUCUAUGCAGUUGAUCAGAACAUUCACCGCCCAAAUUCUAGAUUCGUUGUGUGUUUUGAAGGAAAGUAAACUAAUCCAUUGCGAUUUAAAACCGGAAAAUAUUUUGCUCUUCGCCCCAGAUAAGCCAGAAUUGAAAAUCAUUGAUUUUGGUUCAUCUUGUGAAGAGACAAGAACUAUUUACACCUAUAUACAGUCCAGGUUUUAUCGUGCUCCCGAGAUUAUACUGGGCAUCCCAUAUUCGACUAGUAUCGAUAUGUGGUCUUUGGGUUGUAUUGUGGCUGAAUUAUUUUUGGGUAUACCAAUUUUCCCAGGUGCAUCAGAGUAUAACCAGUUGACCAGAAUAAUAGACACGCUUGGAUACCCUCCAUCGUGGAUGAUAGAUAUGGGCAAAAAUUCUGGGAAGUUUAUGUCAAAAUUAGCACCGGAAGAUAGCGGCAACUCCUCCCAAAAGCAUCGUAUGAAAACUAUAGAAGAGUUCUGCAGGGAAUAUAAUAUAGUGGAAAAGCCAAGUAAACAGUACUUUAAAUGGAAAAAACUGCCGGAUAUUAUCAGAAACUAUAGAUAUCCUAAAAGUAUUCAAAAUAAUCAGGAACUAAUCGACGAGGAAAUGCGGAAUAGAGAAUGUCUGAUUCAUUUCUUAGGCGGUGUGCUUAAUUUGAAUCCGUUGGAAAGAUGGACACCACAACAAGCUAUGCUACAUCCAUUUAUCACAAAACAAAUAUUCACAGGUGAAUGGUUUCCUCCAGGAUCUUCUUUACCUGGCCCAUCGAGAAAACACGAUAAUACAAAAGGACAGCUAAAUGACAACAGAAACACUAAAGACUCCGACAACGAUGCUAAUCAUAACUACGUUUACAAUUUUAAUGCUGGCGACGGCAGUGCUGAUAGCGUUGAUAUCGGCUCUAUUGGUAAAAGAAAUGUUAAUUUAUCUAACAACUUCUCUAUGGAAAGUCAUUCCGUUCAAGAAGGCCCCUCAAGUGAAUUCAAUAAACUUCAUAUUGUGGAAGAGUAA